UUUUAAGGAGUGAAGGGAGCAUGGUGUCGGCCAUGGGUGAUCAAGACACAGCCAGACAAUGUGGAUCAGUUUCUUCAAACUACGUUUUUUCUGCUGUCUGCUUGCAGUAUUGAUGGUGGUAGUGCUGGUCAUCAAUGUCACUCAGGUGGAGUACUUGGACCAUGAGACUGCAUCAGCCACAUUCAUUGACAGUGGUGGACAGUUUGUUUUCUCCCAGGUGACAGGAAUUAGCCGGAAUCUUUACUGUGGCUAUGAGCACCAGACUCUGUCCAGCCGGGAGCGCCUGGAGGAGGACUCCUUGUUGGCCGCCUUACAGUGGCAGGUGCCUGAUGUGGGCCCAGUCCCCUUUUUGAAGAGCACUGACCCUUCUUCCAGCUAUUUUGUCAUCUUGAACUCUGCCACCUUCUUCAAGGUGGGAAGCCAGCUAGAGGUGCUGGUUCAUGUACAGGAUUUUCAAAGAAAGCCCAAGAAGUAUGGUGGAGACUACCUGCAGGCCAGAAUCCACUCCCCUAAGUUGCAGGCAGGGGCCGUGGGUAGAGUGGUGGACUACCAGAAUGGGUUUUACAAGGUCUUUUUUACUCUGCUCUGGCCAGGCAGAGUUAAAGUGUCCAUAUCUCUGGUCCACCCCAGUGAAGGGAUCAGAGUUCUUCAGAAUCUACAGGAAGAGAAACCAGACAGGGUCUAUUUCAAGAGCCUCUUCCGUUCAGGAAGAAUUUCUGAAACUACAGAGUGUAACGUGUGUCUUCCUGGGAGUCUUCCCCUGUGCAACUUUACAGAUCUCUAUACCGGAGAACCCUGGUUCUGCUUCAAACCAAAGAAGCUCCCUUGCAGUAGCAGAAUUAACCAUUUCAAGGGCGGAUACCUGAAGGGCCUCCUAACUGCUGCAGAGAAUGCUUUCUUCCAGAGUGGUGUCAAUAUCAAAAUGCCAAUCAACUCCAGUGGACCUGAUUGGGUGACUGUGAUUCCCAGCAGUAUAAAAGAAAGCAACAACCUAGAACUAUCUCAAGGCUUAGGAACUUUUCCUUCUGGCUAUUAUUACAAAAAUCAGUGGAGGCCCAGAAAGUUUAAGAUGCGCCAGUUUAAUGACCCUGACAACAUUACAGAAUGCUUACAGAGAAAAGUGGUGUAUUUAUUUGGUGACUCGACAAUCAGGCAAUGGUUUGAAUACCUCACUACAUUUGUUCCAGAUUUAGUGGAGUUUAACUUGGGUAGCCCCAAGAAUGUGGGUCCCUUCCUUGCGGUGGACCAGAAGCACAACAUCCUGCUCAAAUACCGCUGCCACGGUCCACCGAUCCGCUUCACGACCGUCUUUAGCAAUGACCUCCGUUAUGUGGCGAAUGAGCUGAAUGGCAUCGUGGGAGGGAAGAACACAGUGGUUGCCAUAGCUGUGUGGUCUCAUUUCAGCACCUUCCCCUUGGAAGUGUAUAUCCGUCGGCUCAGGAACAUCCGUCGAGCCGUGGUUCAGCUCUUGGAUCGAAGCCCUAAGACUGUGGUAGUCAUCCGGACAGCCAACGCCCAAGAGCUGGGACCUGAAGUGAGCCUUUUCAACAGCGACUGGUAUAACUUUCAGCUGGACACCAUCCUUCGGAAGAUGUUCUCAGGAGUUGGGGUGUAUCUCGUUGAUGCCUGGGAGAUGACCCUGGCCCAUUAUCUGCCCCACAAGCUACAUCCAGAUGAAGUUAUUGUGAAGAACCAACUGGACAUGUUCUUGUCCUUUGUGUGCCCCUUGGAGAGCUAGUCUGCCCUGCAGGGGACUGGAGGAAUCACAUUCAGUGACCUUCUCUAUCACCUGCACUAUGGAAAGUUUAUGGGUGGCCCUAUGGAGAGAUGGCUGCUGUUGAUAUGUAUUUAAAAUUUUAAAAAAGAGCUGGACUUUAUAUAAUGACUUGUAAGGAGCUUAGAAAAUGCAGAUUACACUUAUACCUACCUAUAGGAUUUUUUCCCAUUUUGACUUAUCUAUGGGGGAACGAUUAUUAACAGCAUUUACACUCUAUUGCCCCCGUAACCAAAGAUUUAGUAUCUGAGUGUGUUUGAACUAGCUUCUCCUGGGAGGGGAGGGGAUACUGUACUAAAAAGUGUGAAAAAUGUUGUGACCUAAGUGGAAGGGACAAGUUUGGUUGGCAGUGGAGUGUUUGUAUCUUGUCUGGUAAAGGAAAUUGAGCACAUCUACAUGAAUAGCGUAAUUGGUACAUCUUCAGUGGGAAGUGAAUUAACCCCAAGUCUUGUAGUCAGUGGCUCCUGUAACACACUGAAGACUGCUGUGUCUUAGAAGUUUAUCUUGAUAAUCCAGUUUUUUCUGGAUUACUUGAAAAGGCCAGUGUCCUUGGUCAGAACUUUCUAAUGAGAAUAUUUACAGUUUCCGGUUUUUAUCUAGAAAAGAAGCAAAAGGGAAAUAUGAAAGCAGUAUAUAUAAAAUCUGUGCGUUGAAUUGAUAUUUGCAUUGGGUAAUUGCUACUUAUCUGAUUCAGCUAAAUUUUACAGGAUGAAUACUUAUUCUAAAAUAACCACUUUUGGAGCUGGAAGGGGAAAAUCUAUAAAGGAAAAUUUAUUUUUGUGUUCUGAAGUUUGAGGGUUUCAAGAUUUGACUUUUAUGUAAAGAUUGCUAUUUGUUAUAAAGUUGUAGAAAUUAUUUCCA